AUGCUCAAGCGCGCCGUCCAUCAAGCUCAGCUCGUUCACCUCACCGCCAAGAAGAGCCAGGGCAAGGUCUACAACAUCACCGCCCACCAGCCCGCCUCCAACUACUUCCUGCGUGACGGACGCUAUAUCCGCUUUGCGGACUGGCGCUUCGUUCACCGUGCAAGACUCGACGUCGUUCCGCUAAAUGGCUGCAACCGUGCCCGUGAUCAGAAAGACAAGCGUUGCCGAAGAUGUGGCUACCAACUCGAGAGUGUCGCCCACGUCCUGUGUCAUUGCCCUGCUCACGCCCACGCCAUCACCCUGCGCCACAACGCCAUCCUCGACCGCCUCGUCAACGCCAUCAAGCUGCCCGCGACCACCACGAAAUAUGUCAAUGUCAAGAUCCCCGGCACCGAUGGUCAACUACGUCCCGAUCUCGCCCUCGUCGACCAUGUGAAGAAGCGUGUGACGAUCGUGGACGUGACCAUGCCGUUCGAGAACCACGACCUGAGCGUCUUCGCUGCCGCACGUGCCGAGAAGCUCCGCAAGUACGCCGACAUCUUCAACAAGUUCAACGCGGAUGGCUACGACACGUUCCUGGACGCCUUCAUCGUCGGGCCACUCGGCGGAUGGGACCAAGAAAACGACAACGUGCUGCGCCGACUCGCCAUCUCCGUCAAGUACGCCGCGCUGAUGAAGAAGUUGAUGGUCGCCGAUGCGCUGAAGUGGUCAAGAGAUGCCUACGUCGAGCACAUCACCGCCCACCGCCAAUACCAAGCA